AUGAUCAAAUCAUUUUUAUAUAUUAAAAAUCUAUAUAUUCCCUCAUAUCGACAUGGGUAUGAAGCAUUAAUAUCAGGAACAGAAACAGAUGGGGUUCUUGAAUUCACCAGUCCAUCUAAACAUUUUCAUAUUGAGUUAUAUGAUAAGAUUGGAUCAUUUUUAUCAAUUAAAGAUGGUUAUUUAUUAAAUAUGGAUAAUUCUAUUAAUAUUUUUCAAGCUCCUUUUCAAGAUGACGUUGAUAUUUAUUCUAUAAACCAGGUAUCAUUUUUAUAUAAUGACUUGGAUGUUUCAAAUAAAAGACAUUUUAAUAUAAUAUAUUUUAACUUUAGCAAAAUUGUUCAAAAAGAUGCCAUUUUUAUAUUGUCACCAAAAGGAGAAGUUCUUCAAAACCCUGUAUACCCUCCAAAUGUUUCUACGGAAAAUUUGUUUUAUUCAACUUAUAAUCAAGAGUUAAGUCUAUUUGAAAUAGAAUUUUAUGUGGAAGCUUCUACUCAAACUGGAGAUUUUUUAUUUGAAAUUCUUUAUGGCACAAAGAGUAUACAUAGCAAAAUUUUACCAACACAAUUAAAAAUUAAAAAAACAAAUUUAGAUUUAAGUGGUCCAAUUGUUAUAAAAAUGACAAGUAAUCCACCAAUAGGCAAUGUAACCGAUAUUGAUUUUAUUAAAUGGACAUUUACUAUUGAAGAUAAAGUUAAUGGUUUUGAUUGGGGUUAUGUUACCCUAAGAUCGGAUGUCGAUUCUUCUUUUUUCAAUGUUUCCUUUAGUUCAAAAGAUGUCAAAAAAGGUGGUAAUCAAUUUUUAGGUGACUAUGAUCUUUCAAUUCCAGUAAGAUAUCCAUGUAUUUCCCAAAACUAUUAUAUCACAGAAGCCGCUUUUUAUGAUAGGAUGAAUAGAAUUUCAUUUUUCUCAGUCUAUGCCCCCAAUGUUAAAUACUCCCCAAUUGUAAAUCCAUUUACGAAAUUAUUAGGAAAAAGUCCGAUUUUUAAUCAAUUUUAUGUACAAUGUGCAGAUUUACCAGAUCAUUUACCUUCAGCUCCAGAGUUCACAGCAUUUAAAGUACCUUCUACAAUUGAUGUCAGUAAAACAAAUAGAAUAGUAACCUUAAGCAUCACUGCAACUGAACCAUUUGUUGGAAUGUCCUUAAUACAGGUGCCUAUUUUUUAUCUUAGUACUGUUGAUAAUCAAAUUUUAGAGUGCCCAUCAAAAAUCGCAUUAGUUGAAUCAGGUGUUAGCAGUAACACGAUAUAUGGUAACAGCAUUACAUAUUCAUGCCAAAUGCAACUUCCGCUUGGCUUUGGUUUUCCACAAGGUAUAUAUGUUUCAGUGUACGGUCUCAUUAGUAAUAAUGGAAAAUAUUAUGGCUUUCCAACAAAUGAUUUAAUAGAUAAAGGUUUUAAUAGCUAUAUACAAACCACUUUUGGCACCAAUGAACCAAGUAUCCAAAGUUAUUUUAGAAUUACAGAAAGGGGUGGAGAUUUAUGGAUAUUUGGAAGAGGUUUUGACCAAACUUCAAUUGCUCACAUAACAUUUAAUGACAGCACCACUGCUUCAAUUCCUUCACCUACCAAUUACCAAUCUGCUAUUAAAAUUCAAAAUAUAAAAGCAACAGAUAAACCAUUUAUCGUCUCUAUUCAAACUAGAACUCUAAUUUCAAACUCUAUUACCGUAAUACCAACAAUUUUUAAUAUUUUCGAACCUUCGUCAAGUUCUGAUUCAAUGACACCCACUUCAUCUCCUUCUUCAACACCUAUACCUACAAACAAGCCACAAUAUUGUUUAGGUUCACCAGUAUGCGGAGGUCCAUUAAAUGGUAAAUGUGUUGAAAAUCAAGGAUGUGUAUGUUUUUCACCAUGGAUUGGCAAUGAUUGUUCAUCUCAAAUCAUUAUUAUAGAUCCACCAACUGCAAAUAAAACUGAUCCAACUACAAAUAUUACAUUACCAGGUACAAAUAAUAAUAACUCAACUGUUACAUACAAAUCAUUAAUUACAUUGGUAUCAAUUAGAGAAGUUAAUAUUUUAGGUGAUGUGAUUUAUGAGAAACCAUUUGAAAAAUGGACAGUUAAACAAUUAGACGACACAACUUUUAUUUAUAAUACAACUUUAGAAAUCACAAAAAAAGAUAAAAAAUCCACAACAACCAAUGUUAAUGUAACACUAAAAUGGUUUACAAAUGAAACAAAUGUCACAUUCGCAAACGAACAAUUAAUAAUGAAUCCAUCAUCAAUGAAAUAUACGAUUGAAAUUAGCGAUUAUUCAUUUGAUGAUUCAUUAAGUCAACUUCAGUUAAUAAUGUCAGCAUUAAUACAAUCAAAUACAACUGAUGACAUUUGUUCAGUAAGAGAGUUUGGAGAAACAACAUCAGGAGAUAACUCAAACUAUGUAAAGAUUCAAAUUGACAACCAUUCAUUGUACGGUAGAUUCAUUCGAAGAGGUAUUAUAGAUUCAACUAUUAGAUCAGUAACCAAUAUAUUAUUAGACAAAUAUAUGAAACCAAUUAGCGGAACUAAAGAGUUACAAUCAUAUAUUGGUAUUCAAAUUCCAUAUUACAGAGAAUUAAUCAUUUUAGAUCCAGAUUUCUCAGUUCUUAUUGAUUCAAAUUCAGCAUCAUCCAAAUCAGGUUCAAUCUGUUCAAAUAAAUCCAAACUAUCAGGCCCAAAAAUAGCAGGAAUUGUUAUUGGUUGUUUUACAUUUGUAUCAAUUAUAAUUGUAUCAAUUUUAUAUCACAUUAUAAAAAAAAGAAAUCAAAAAAAGUUCAUUUCAAAUGUAAAUAAAAAAGUACAAGAGAUGAAAGAAUUAUAA